GGCUCAUUGAGCUCUUGUCCUUCUAACCAUCCAGGUCUCACCUGGAGGACUGAGGCCGCUUGUGGAGUUCCCAAACCCCAUCUCUGGAUGUCUCCGUGUCCAUGUGAAGACUUUCUCUUUGACAACAGUUUACAGGAGCUUUUUCAUAUCUGCAUGUUGCUGCCACUUGAAUGAAUUACACCUAAGCUUACUAUCACAACCAGGAUUGUGGAUUAAGUCUUCUGGGAGCAUCUUUGCCCAAAGAGGUUUUCGAGGAGUUUACUGAGAGAGACAUGUUGACAUCGUUGGAGAUCUGGACAGUCAGCUGAGCAGACACAGCCCAAGUCACCGAGCCAUUUCCAGGGAUCCACUUGUCAAAAGCAGUUGUCUGAGUGGCCACCAGCACAUAAGUGAGUGCACAAGUGCUGUAGAGCGCGUGGCGUGCCAGGGCAGCGGACAGCCAGAGGGCCGUUCCCCUUCCCCGGUGUUCUUGAGAGAGGGUGUCAGUCCUGGGGGGUUGGGUGGCCUCUGGGAGGGGCACGGUGGAGGACGACACGCUGGAUUUCGAGGAGAUGGAGGGGCAUGGGUAUGAUCGCUUUAGCGACUCCGAGCGGGACAGCUACCAAAUAGACUACCGGCGCAUCGUGGGGGACACAGAGCCAGCGCGUCCACGUCUCUCGCCCCGAGACGGAGAGCACUUCCAUGGGCCAUUUGUCCAUGGAGCGCCCCACGGGCACGGACACGGCCAUGAGACUGCGGCCCAGCGCUACAGUGCCACACGCAUACAGGCUGGUUAUGAACCUGAGAGCAUGGCAGACUACCUGAUCAGCGGAGGUACAGGUUAUGUGCCAGAAGAUGGUUUGACAGCCCAGCAACUUUUUGCAAUUGGAGAUGGUCUUACUUAUAAUGACUUUCUCAUCCUUCCUGGUUUUAUUGACUUCACUUCUGAUGAAGUGGAUUUGACGUCUGCCCUGACCAGAAAGAUCAGCCUGAAGACCCCACUGAUCUCCUCUCCAAUGGACACUGUCACAGAGUCAUCCAUGGCCAUCGCAAUGGCACUCAUGGGGGGAAUUGGCAUCAUCCAUCAUAACUGCACUCCAGAGUUUCAGGCCAAUGAAGUUCGGAGAGUGAAGAAAUUCGAGCAAGGCUUCAUCACAGACCCUGUGGUGAUGAGCCCCAGGCACACAGUCGGUGACGUGAUCGAGGCGAAGAUCCGACACGGCUUCUCUGGUAUCCCAGUCACGGAGACGGGCAAGAUGGGCAGCAAGCUGAUGGGCAUCGUCACAUCACGAGACAUCGACUUCCUGUCUGAGAAAGACCAUGAUAGGCCACUGGAGGAGGUUAUGACAAAGAGGGAUGAUUUGGUUGUUGCACCUGCUGGUGUGACACUAAAAGAGGCCAAUGACAUUCUCCAACGCAGUAAGAAAGGGAAGCUGCCUAUAGUGAACGACAACGACGAGCUGGUGGCCAUCAUCGCGCGCACAGACCUGAAAAAGAACCGUGACUACCCGCUGGCCUCUAAAGACUCACGCAAACAGCUGCUGUGUGGGGCAGCCAUAGGAACUCGCGAGGACGACAAGUACAGGCUGGACCUGCUCAUCCAGGCCGGAGUGGACGUGGUCGUGUUGGUGAGGACUACGGAUUCAUCCCAAGGGAACUCAGUGUUCCAGAUCAGCAUGAUCAAUUACAUCAAGCAGAAGUACCCUGAGCUGCAGGUGGUGGGAGGAAACGUUGUGACUGCAGCGCAGGCCAAGAACCUGAUCGAUGCAGGGGUGGACGCCUUGAGAGUGGGCAUGGGUUGCGGCUCCAUCUGCAUCACUCAGGAAGUGAUGGCUGUCGGGAGACCACAGGGUACAGCUGUGUAUAAAGUGGCAGAAUAUGCCCGACGGUUUGGUGUGCCAGUUAUAGCAGACGGUGGCAUUCAGACGGUGGGGCAUGUGGUUAAGGCUCUGGCACUCGGCGCAUCAACAGUGAUGAUGGGCUCGUUGCUGGCGGCAACCACAGAGGCUCCUGGAGAGUAUUUCUUCUCGGACGGCGUGCGGCUGAAGAAGUACCGCGGGAUGGGCUCUCUAGAUGCCAUGGAAAAGAACAGCAGCAGCCAGAAGCGAUACUUCAGCGAGGGAGAUAAAGUGAAGGUGGCUCAAGGUGUAUCGGGGUCAGUGCAAGACAAAGGCUCCAUCCAUAAAUUUGUGCCCUACCUCAUAGCAGGCAUCCAGCAUGGUUGCCAGGACAUCGGGGCUAAGAGUUUGUCCAUCUUACGCUCCAUGAUGUACUCUGGAGAGCUAAAGUUUGAGAAGAGGACAAUGUCUGCGCAGGUGGAAGGCGGUGUGCAUGGUCUUCACUCAUAUUCUUUUGUGCCAUAUAUGAGAAGCGGCUUUACUGAUGGAGGCAGCCGAGGCCAGAGCCGUGUGGCUCCCAACGUCCCCACGCCAGCAUCACUCAAACACAACGGCUACCUGUGACCCCACCAACCCCCGCCCAGCCCAGUCCAGCGGUAUUCAUGACCUGAACACUGUACUGCCCUCCCUUCCUCCACAUGAGCAGAAUACUGUAUUCUCUCUCUCUCUUUCUCUCUCUCUCUCUCUCUCUCUCUCUCUCUCUCUCUGCUGUCUUGGAGUCCCCAUGUAGAGUGGGAAGGCUACACAGCUUGCAGACUUGCUGGCCGAAGGAGGGGUCAGGAGAUUGGCCCGUGAUUCACCUGGCCGCAACUGGACACGCAGGACACACAAACAAUCAACUCCGAGACCCAACUCACUGCUCUAAAGUGUGGUGUAAUUUUGCCCUUUUUUUUCAUUUCCUCUAAGCUGCCAGAACCUCCGGUUUGUUUCUCACUGUAGAUUGUGACGUGUGUGUGUGUGUGUGUGUGUGUAUUUCAGUUCAUCUGUAGCUCUCUGCACACUUGACUUGGAAUACCCAUUUCACUAAUACUUGUAGCAGGAGAUGUGUGAAAACACACACACGCACACAUACACACAUGCACACACACGCAUGCAUAUACACACACACACACACACACACACACACAGAGGGAGAGUAAGGACCUUGAAGGACUACACUGGGUGUUCUACAUAAACUUAUGAAUAUGAAUACCUUACCUUUAAAGACCUCGAGAAAUCUGUGUGUACUACCCUUUGGCUGACCAGCAAAAUUUCUGUUACCUAGAUAUCACUGUUACCUAGAGGGAGUUACAGGUAUUGUCCACAAAUACUCUAUAUAAUCAGAUGAAUGUUAAAUGCCCUCUUUAAAUAUGAGAGCAUAUGAACUAGCUUGUUUAGCUUGUGCUAGCCUGCUCACUGUAUGCUCUCCAGUAGAAUGAAUGAAAGGUAUAGGGGGCCAGUGGCAAAGCGUAAAGCCUGACAUCAGGGAUUCAUUCCGCCUGAUCGCCUUACAAACAGACAUUCUUGUGAGAUUGUACUUUGCACUGUUAGUUCGAAUAAGUCGAAUUGUUGUCAUGUUGAUACAUAAACAGAAACGUAAACAGAAACAGAAACAUAAAUUCUGUCAGAGUAAAAAGUAAUGCUCUCAAAGAGUUCACAUUUUUUUGUGGAAAUAAAACAUGGGUUGGCUUUCUGUUGUCUGUUGUAUAGUUAGUGUCCAACUGUAAUUCUUCUGUGUGCAGUUCAGCACUUUGCAAUCGGAAGUAGUGUCAGAUUCAGCACCAACAGCCAGUGAUUCAUGUGAGCUUUGUGCACUCCUUCAGUGUAGUUCUAGCUACAUAGCUUCAGUGUCGCUGAUUUCAGCUUCUCAGGUUUUCUGCUGUUUUUUGCAGUUAUUUAGAAAUCAAAUGUUUUUGCAGUUUUAGAGAUACCUAACGAUUUUCUAUUGUGAGAAUCAUUAGAUCUCUUGUCCGCUUUUAAUCAAUUGUAUCAGCUUGCAGGAAUGAAGUUUGUGUUGGUCAGAUUCAACUCAAUGUUAAUUCUGUUACUGUCACUGUGUAGCUUUCUCUCAGACUUCUUAGAGGUGUGUGUGUGUGUGUGUGUGUGUGUGUGGGUGACAUAGCUAGAGAGAUGUAGCAAGGACAAUUGACAUGUAGACAUGUUUUUUUUUCAUGUCUAUACUUCCCAUCAUUUUUGAGACCACUUGUUAAAUAACUGAUUGUAGGUUAAAUAAAAUUUUUGAUUCAA